CAACCAGCGGCGACCGCCUGAGAGGGCGGGGAGAAGAUCUGCGCUAGAGGCCGAGGGAUUGGGCUUUUACUCCGGACCUUUACUGCAGGAAAGCACAAAACAUCUGACCGUACGGAGUGAAGUCUUCGUGUCCUUUUCACUGUCCUUGAUGUUUUAAAGCGAACGAAAGUGUGAGCUUUUAGUCUGAGAGAGGCGGAUGGCUCAGAAAAUUAACGAGGCGUUGGAACAUAUAGCCGCAGCUGAGAAAUGUCUGAAAACAGGCUUUUUAAAAUGGAAACCUGAUUAUGACAGUGCAGCAUCUGAAUAUGCAAAAGCAGCUGUCGCAUUCAAGAAUGCAAAACAAUAUGACCAAGCAAAAGAUGCCUACCUAAGAGAAGCAGAGUCACAUCAGAACAAUAGAGCUUUCUUCCAUGCUGCUAAAGCAUAUGAACAGGCUGGAAUGAUGCUGAAGGAAAUGCAAAAGUUACCAGAAGCAGUUCAGUUUAUUGAGAAAGCCAGCAUGAUGUUUGUAGAGAGUGGAACACCUGAUACUGCUGCCAUGUCACUGGACCGUGCUGGAAAGCUGAUUGAAAACAUAAACUUGGAAAAAGCUGUAGAUCUUUACCAACAAGCUGCUUCAGUGUUUGAGAAUGAAGAGCGUUUACGCCAAUCAGCUGAAUUGCUUGGAAAAGUUUCACGGCUGCUAGUUCGGGAUCGCAGGCUUGAUGAAGCUGCAGCAUCUCUUCAAAAGGAAAAGAACAUGUAUAAGGAAAUUGAGAAUUAUCCUACAUGUUUUAAGAAAACAAUUGCACAAGUCUUGGUUCAUCUACAUAGGAAUGACUAUGUAGCUGCAGAUAAGUGUGUUCGGGAAAGUUACAGCCUCCCAGGAUUUAAUGGCAGUGAAGACUGCUCUGCUUUGGAGCAACUACUGGAAGGAUUUGAUCAACAAGACCAGGACCAAGUUUCUGCUAUCUGUAAUUCGCCUCUCUUCAAAUACAUGGAUAAUGAUUAUGCAAAACUCUCUCUAAGUUUGAGAGUCCCUGGAGGGGGAACAAAAAAGAAGUCACCUGAGUCGCAGCAAGAAGCUGGAGAACCUGUACAAAGUGCAACUGUUAAUGAAGAGGAUGAUGAGUACUCCUCUGGACUGUGCUAGUUCUGGACAGAUCGCUUGUUUGAUUUUUUUUUCGGGUCAGUUGUUUAGAAGUGAAGGCCAAAGCUCAAAACAGUCCAGACUCUUGACUUUAGCUGCCAACCUAUAACUAACAAGAUUCUGGUUUGUAUAGGAAUGGUUCAAGAAUCAGAUUGAUUAAAGCAUUAGUCUUGUUGACAGCAUUUAGAUUUGUCUAAUUCUGCAUUACAUAUAAUUUGUUAGAUAAUCUUAGGUGUGCUUUUUGUUUUGGAAAUGUAAUCUUAAAGGUGCAACUUAAUUUGGUUUUAAAUCAGUGUAAAGAUACCUUGCCAUCAAGAAAAGUUUCUUUUUAAAGACUUAUGCACACGUGUCAUAUGAUCCCAAAUCAAUGCAGUUUAUUUAUUAUACGUACAACAGAUUUGUUUUGGCGGGUCAAGAAUUUGAGCAAUGACAUAGAAAUUUGAAAAAAAAUAUAAAAUGGGAGAAGUUUAAAAAUAUAUCCAGAAUUAAUUUACAGAAUAACGUUGUAGCUUUGAAAUACUAUUGCACACAGUUAACAAAAGCGUACUCUAUGAUUAAGGCUGGGUAUUGCCACCAUCAAAGUGUUCCUUUUCAAUUUAUUCCAUGAUGUGAGAAUAUAUGCUUAAAAGUUGUAAUAUUUGUUCAUGUUCAAUAGGAUUACAGUAUUUAUGAUUUAUCAUGUGUAUGUGUUUGAGCAAUUCAAGUGAUUAAUAUGCACGUUUAGACAAUGGUCGGUUAAUGUAUUCUAUGAGACUUGACUACAAACUUGCAAAAGCUUUUUCAAAGUGCAUUUUCAACCUUAGUCAUUUUAAUUUAAACCAACGCUAUGGAAGCAACUGAAUAUAUUGAUGCAAAUCAUUUGAUAACUUAAGUAUCUUAAAAGGAACAAAAUAGUACUUUCUUGAUCUUGCUGCCACUGAGAAAAUAAGAUCAGCGGGCCAACAAAUACUUGUUGAUGUUCUUUCUGUGUUGGCAAUGAUGUCACGGUGUAAACAUGAUAAAGCUGCUUUGUUGUGUAUACACGUUUUGAACUUUAUCUACAGUAAAGUAUUGUACUUGCCUGAA